CUUCUGACGGAUUAGAAAACAUUCCAUAUCUCGGGGAAGUCUUUCGGGACUCAAAAAAAAAAAACAAGGAAAACAUGAAGUAACAACUUUAUAAACUUUAGUCUGGGAAUAUUGUCUGGCCAACAGCCGAAGACUACUGUGGACAGGAUGUGUUGUUUUAUAUGAAGAGCUGCUCCGAUACUAGCGUCGCUGUCCCCUGAAGAAGGAUGGCCGGUGUUUUAACGUUUGUGGAGAACGUGACGCGACGGCUGAAGAUCGACGUCAUGAGAGAAGCUGGACGUCAGUAUCCGGUCUUCUGCUUCCUGCUGCUGUCUCUGGUGACGAUGACUCUGCUGCUCAACAGGUAUCUCCACAUCCUGAUGGUCUUCUGGUCCUUCCUGGCUGGCGUCACUACUUUCUAUUGCUCCCUCGGACCGGAGACCCUCCUACCCAAUGUCCUCUUCAGCGUGAAGCCGAGGAGCAAACGGCGGGAGCAGGAGCUGUUUCCUCUGGGCCACAGCUGUGCCGUGUGCGGGAAGGUCAAGUGCAGCCGUCACCGGCCAACGCUGCUCCUUGAGAACUAUCAGCCGUGGUUGGACCUGAAGGUUCACUCAAAAGUGGACGCUUCAGUAGCAGAGGUGUUUGAGUUGGUUCUGGAGAACUUCGUGUACCCCUGGUACAGGGACAUCACAGACGACGAGGCGUGUGUGGACGAACUAAGGAUGACUUUUCGCUUCUUCACGUCGGUGCUCGUCCGCCGGGCUCAGAAGGUUGAUGUUCCGGCUGUGUUUGCAGACAAAGUGAUGAAAGCUGUGAUGAAGCACAUUGAAAUUAUUGUGAAAGCUCGAGAAAAAGUGAAGGGUGUGGAGGGUCUACAGCAGGCGUCUCUGGAUGAAUACGGCUCUGACCUCCACAUCGCUCUGCGGAGCCGUAAAGACGAGCUGCUGUACCUGAGGAAGCUGACUGAGAUGCUGUUUCCUUACGUCAUGCCGCCCAAAGCCACAGACUGCAGAUCUCUGGCUCUGCUGCUGAGGGAGGUGAUGGCCGGAUCCGUCAUGUUACCCACCAUGGACUUCAUGGCCAACCCUGACACUGUGAACCUCAUGGUGCUGAUAUUUGUUGAUGACACUCCACCUGAAGCAGCGAUCGAUCCUCCGUCUGUCCUCGUGCCCUUUUUACAGAAAUACGCCGACGUCGGCAACAAGAAGCCGUCGGUGCUGAAGUUGGACCUGAAGGAGAUCCGGGAGCAGCAGGAUCUCCUCUUUCGCUUCAUGAACUUCCUGAAGCAGGAAGGAGCCGUUCACGUGCUGCAGUUCUGCCUCACUGUGGAGGAGUUCAAUGAUAAGAUCCUGAUUCCGGAUCUGAGCGACUCUGAGCUGCAGCGGCUGCACGGCGAGGUGCUGCACAUCUACGAGACGUACUGCCUCGACGAGAGCAUCGACAAGAUCAGCUUCGACCGCUUCAUCGUGGAGGAGAUCAGGAACAUCGCUGAAGGUCCGUACGGCGGCGUGGUGAAGCUGCAGACGAUGCACUGCCUGUUCGAGGCGUAUGAACACGUCCUGUCUCUGCUGGAGAGAGUCUUCACCCCGAUGUUCUGUCACAGCGACGAAUACUUCAGACACCUGCUGAGAGGAGCAGAGUCUCCAACGAGGAACUCAAGAAUCAACAGAAAUAGCUUCAGUUUGGAAGACAGCAGAAACUUGUCGAAGCGAGGCGAGUCGUUCGGCAUCAGCAGGAUCGGCAGUAGAAUCAAAGGCGUGUUCAAGAGCACGACCAUGGAGGGCUCCGUGCUGCCGCCCAGCGCCAUGAACGACUACGACGACGACCUGGUGGAGGAGGCGACCGUCGUGGUGGAGGACGACUCCCCCGCCGAGCCGGCCGGCACGCCGGGCUCCCUGAGGAACCUGUCGGCCUGGAGCAUCGUCAUCCCGUACAUCGACGUCUACGACGACGACGCCAAGCGGGAGAAGAUCCCCGUCUUCUGCAUCGACGUGGAGCGCAAAGACCGGAAGGAAGUUGGCCAUGAAACUGAGAAGUUGUCGGUGUACAGAAGAUACCUGGAGUUCUACGUACUGGAAUCCAAACUCACCGAGUUCCACGGCACGUUUGCAGACGCUCAGCUUCCAUCCAAAAGAAUUAUUGGACCAAAGAAUUAUGAUUUUCUCGCAUCCAAAAGGGAAGAAUUUGAGGAGUAUUUACAGAGACUCCUGCAGCAUCCAGAGCUCAGUAACAGUCAGCUGCUGGCAGACUUCCUGUCUCCUCACAGCAUGGGGUCUCAGUUCCUGGACCGGAUGCUGCCUGAUGUCAACCUGGGAAAGAUAUUUAAGUCUGUGCCGGGGAAGCUGAUGAAAGAGAAAGGACAGAACCUGGACCCGUUCAUCCAGUCCUUCUUCAACUCCUGCGAGUCGCCCAAACCCAAACCCAGCCGCCCGGAGCUGACCAUCCUCAGCCCGUCCACCGAGAGCAACAAGAAGCUCUUCAACAACCUGUUCAAGAACAACGCGAACCUGUCGGAGAGUUCAGAGAGGAAACAAAACGACAACAUCUUCCUGGAAAUGAUCUCUGUAGACGGCAUGUAUGACUACAUGAUGUACAUCGGUCGGAUGGUGUUCCACACGGCCGACUGGCUCCAUCACUGUCUGGCUGCGGGGAGGAUUCUGCUGAAGAACACGUUUGAAGCCUACAUGGACCAGUUCAUGCAGUCCAAGCUGGAGAUGGUCCUCCAGGAGCACCACCUGGUGUCGCUCAUCACACAGCUCAGGGACUCGGUGUUCUGUGAGAGCAGCGAGGAGCGAACCACAGAGGACAAACAAGUCAGAGCCAAGCAGACGUUUGAUGAGAUGAUGAACUAUCUACCAGACUUUGUGGUGAAGUGCAUCGGCCAGGAGGCGAAAUACGAAGGCGUGCGACUCCUCUUUGACAUCAUCCAGCAGCCCGUCCUCAACAAGCAGAUGACGUACGUCCUGCUGGACAUCGCCGUGCAGGAGCUGUUCCCUGAACUCAGCAAGACGGUGAAGGAAGCCGUCGCCGUGUGAAGCGGACGACGUCCCGGAUCCUGGAAGUGCAAUAACCAGCUAUUUCUUUACAUUCCUAAUGUAUAUAAAACAAUUAAUAAAAGAGAUAUAUUUA